AUGAAGGCCCUCAUGGCGAAUAUCACGGAAUGUCUCUGCGGCGCAUCCGCGAAUCGGGGCCUCCCACACUCUCAAAAGCAUCUUGAAAUAAUUUCCGAAAAGCCCAUCUUCUCGCCCUACACUGACGACGAGCGUGUUGGCCAGUUCGUUGAGAUCAUUCGCACGGCCGAACUGGGCGACCCUCAUCUUCUCUCGAAACUCAACGCAACCAUCUCUGCGUCUGGAUGGAAAGAUUCUCUGUCCGAAUCCAUCCUCCACGGUAUAGAGGCAAUUCUGGAAAAUGGGGCGGCAAUGGGGGAGGCAAUGGCCGAAGCUGUCAAACGCGCGACGAAUCUAGCUCGAGAAUUCGCUGAGCGGCACCCCGUUUACGCCGCCCUCAUUGCCGCCGGCACCAUCAUUGCGAUCGGUGUUCUGGUCAUCAUGGGUCCCGGAUGGGUUCUAGAGGCCUUGGGAUUUGCAGCUCGAGGCCCACGGCUCGGCAGCUUCGCCGCACGUUGGAUGAGUCGCAUUGCCAAAGGGGAGCAGGGCCAAGUGGUGCGAGGAUCUCUAUACGCUUAUCUCCAGAGACUUGGUAUGACAGUGGGAUAG